GCCAUGUUUGACCGCCUCCUCCUCCUGAGCCCCGUCCUCCUUUUCCUCCCCCUGGUCAUCCCUGUCCCACCCCCGGGAAAUGCCUCUCCUGCCCCCUGCCGCCUCUGCUGUGAUGACCUGGAGCCACAGGAGGGCCCCCCAGCCCCUCAGAUGGGGGACCAAAAGAGUGUCCUGAACCAGAUACCUGAAGUCCGCACCUUCAUCAACAUGACCAUCCUCAAAGGGGACAAGGGAAACCGCGGGGACAGGGGGACACCUGGGAAGUCUGGUGAGGAAGGCGCUCCUGGAUCCCGAGGGCCAAUGGGCCCCAAAGGAACCAAGGGCCAGGCGGGCCCCCCAGGGGACCCCUUCAAGACCCAGGACGCAGCCUUCUCGGUGGGGCGUCGCAAGUCCCUCCACAGCGUGGACUACUACCAGGCCCUGGUGUUCGACACAGAGUUCGUCAACCUCCACGGCCACUUCGACAUGUUCAAAGGAAAGUUCUACUGCUACGUCCCUGGGAUUUACUUCUUCAACGUCAACAUCCACACCUGGAACUUUAAAGAGACCUACCUGCACAUCAUGAGGAAUGACAAGGAGCAGGCCAUUGUGUACGCCCAGCCCAGCGAGAGGUCCAUCAUGCAAAGCCAGAGCCUUAUGUUGCCCCUUGAGCUCAAUGACGAGGUGUGGGUCCGGCUGUACAAGAGGGAGAGGGAGAACGCUGUGUAUAGUGACGAUGUGGAUGUGUACAUCACCUUCAACAGAUACCUCAUCAAGCCCACCCUGGAGUGAGAUGACCUGCUGGGUCGUGUUCAGUAGGCACAAAAUGGAAGAAAACGCCCUAAACAAAGUCCAACGGGGAGGUACUAUCUGGACUUGUCCAGGAAGAAAUGCUUGUUUUCUUUUUCCGUUGCAAAAUGUUUUAAAUGUUUUGGUAUGGUGUGCCCUUAUGAACAUGAUCCCCAACUGACCUGAGGGGAGGGGAGGGGGCUAGAGGUCAGAGUAUCGGAGGGCACAUCGAGAGGGGGCCUCUUUAUGCAGGGUUUUCAUUGACGCACACACCUACUUUUAAGUGCCUCUAUACGGUGCAAGGGGAUACUGGGGGCUUGUAAGGUAAUGACUCCAAAUACAUAUACUCCUUUUUUUUUCUUUUUUCUACAUAGACUCCUUCUCUCCUGUAUUGAAAAAUAAAUAUUAAUAGAUGUAUAUGCUGACAAGGAGGCUGGGUGGGAAAAGACCUAUGACACAAGGAAAGAGAUGUCCCCUUAAAGACACAAACCCCUUUAUAACCAUCUGGCUGUAAUGGAUUUCACUAUUGGUUGUUAGCUUUAUUAAGAGUUGUCACAGAGAACAGACACACGGGUUGAAGUGCUUUGAAACCAUUAGUGAUUCGAUAAAGCCUGGUUGCCUUCCCAUAUGCCCUAAUUCUGUCAUUUGUCUCAGAUGUUUUGUCUGGACACUAGUCCAGUGUGUAUGCUGUUUUUUUAGUGUUCAGUUUCUGAGCUCUUGAUCAAUUUUGUCUGGUAAAGCUGUUCAUAAGAUCCUGAUAUUAUCCAGCUGGAUAUCAGUUGCACGGUUGUAUAAAUGAAAAAGACCACAAGGGUCAUUACAGUGGGCUUGCAAAUUUGAUCUCAAGUCCAAAUAGGAAUAAUAUGAUAAUAGUUAAAUCUCAGCAGGGAUCCCUUGGUAACAGGAUACAGAAAUGUUAUUUACAGUUUGGUGCUGUUUCUGUUUGGUCUUCUCUAGUCAGAACCUGAUGUGGAAGACUAACAGUGCCAGCUGGAAUAGGGUACCAUUGCACCAUUCAAACAGGGUCGACAUGGAUCAAGUAUUCAAUACCACAAAUUAGCCCUCUGAAGUAGAAAGAUUCAUUGAUUGAUUCCAAAAGUAACAACUCAAAAAAAAAUGUAUGAACAGUUCUCUUGGCAGUAUUUCCUUCGAUGACAGGAGCUGAGACAAGUCUUGUGAGAUUUGGCGCCUUGCACAUCAGGGAAUUUGAAUUUUUAUGGAAAUAUCAGAGGUUCCUUGUGUGCUACUAUUUUGCCAGGUACUCUGAAAAGUAAUGGCGUGAAACCCAGUAAAACUCCAACAGUAACAUUGCUUCAGGAAAUAGAGCAUUUCGGAGUCUAAAAUCAACACAAAUUCAGUUGCCAGCAGUAGCCUUACUGUAUGCUGAAAUACCCUACUUAAUACAUGGUGCUAAAACAUCUUUCAAUCGUUUUAAAAUUCACACCGUAAAUGCUUGCAAAUGUGUGGUUUUACUGCAGGUUUAUGAAUGUCUGUGUGAGAGUCAGAGAUGGGCUUUACAGAUAUGUAAAAGGGAGGGAGGGCUGUUUUUGUGAAGAUUCAAAACAGGAUGUCAGAGGUGCAGGUGAGUUUCCUCUAGUCAGUCAUCCAGACAGAGCUCCACCCUCAUAUCACAAUGCAGAAGGGAGUCCAGAGAUAAACCAAAGAUAAACUGUUGAUCAAAGGAUUGAUUAAGUGUGAAAAUACAGAGGGUGAAUGAAGUACAAAUAGAAUUCUAUAUGUGUUUAAUGGUGUGACAGACAGUUGCUUUUCAAUGGAAUGGCAGAGUGCAAGCUAUCCAAAACCCUACCAAGUACUCACAGUACUGUUGCCCCCAUGAACCAAUUCCUAACCAUGCAGGUCAAUGGUUUUAACAACAGGUGGCAUCCUUCAGCCAAUUUCAAACCUCUUCACACAGCAUUUUGUUGAAUGUUGUUUUUGUGUCAGAAUGGGGAAUGAGUUGAUAGGAAGUUAGCUUUGGGAACCUGGCCAUUCAGGGGAGAACUAUUAAUUUAGAAAGUUAGCUAGUAGACACAGGGGUAGAGAUGUAAUAAUUCGAGAACUAUUCUUCCUUUAUUCAUGACAAAAUGCUCCAAUGAAUUCAGAGGUGUUUUGCUGUUCAAGUUACUUGACUGUCUGUCUCCUUAUGGUGCUAAAUAACAUACAAAAAAGGUGCUACAUUAUAUUUUGUUUUGUAAUUCAAAUAAGUGUACGUAUUCUGCUUGAACAUGAAUGACAUGACCAAUACAUAUUUUACAUUAACUUCGCAAACCUUUGUUAAUAAAGAUAGUGAAACAU